AUGGGCUAUUUUGGGAAUAUAUUCUUUAUUAUUUGUUUGGUGGAUUAUUUUGUUAUAGUGAUUGCUGUUGAACCUCAUUCUAAAAUCAAAGGCAACGUGGAAUCUCUGCUUGAGUUGACCCCAUGGACCUGGAAACACCUGAAUACGUCACUCAAAGUUGAUUCCCCCGUCACUGUGGAUGUAUCUCUCACUUCUCACUACAGACUGACUGGGAAACACCUCAACAAGUUUCUUAGGGUUAAAAAACUUAGGGAUUAUACAUCCAUUCUACAAACGAUACCCAACACAAAGAGAAGAGAUGGUGUAUACACAAUAUACCCGGAUAUGAAGACCAAGAAAUUGGUGUACUGUGACAUGACCACGGACGGCGGAGGGUGGACUAACGAGGAUGGGGGUGGGGGAAAUGAAGAUAUUCACUUGCUUACUACCAGGACAAAAAACGAGCUACGAGUAGACCUCAAAAAGUUCUCCGGUGAAAAGGCUUACGCCAAGUAUUCCAAGUUUUCUGUGGGAAGUGGGUCUAAAAAAUACAAGAUAGUUGUCGGAGGAUACAGUGGAAAUGCUGGAGAUAGUCUUUCUGGCCACAAUGGAAUGAAAUUCUGCACAAAAGACCAGGACAAUGACACUUGGGGUAAAAAUUGUGCUGUUGAGCAUCCAGGAGGAUGGUGGUUUGGAGCCUGUUUUAACAAUCAUCUUAACGGCAACAUGGAAUCUCUGCUUGAGUUGACCCCAUGGAACUGGAAACACCUGAACACGUCCUUCAAAGUGGAUUCCCCCGUCACUAUGGAUGUGUCCCUAACCUCUCACUACAGACUGACCGGGAAACACCUCAACAAGUUUCUCAGGCUAAAAAAGCAAAGAGAUUGUGCUUCUAUUCUCAAAACAAUACCUAACACAACAGGAAGAAACGGUGUGUACACGAUAUACCCGGAUAUGAAGACCAAGAAGUUGGUGUUCUGUGAUAUGACCACGGACGGCGGGGGAUGGACCGUAAUUCAAAGACGUAUGGAUGGGUCUGUUGAAUUUUAUCGAUCUUGGCAAACCUAUAAAGCAGGAUUCGGGAAAGCACAAGGAGAGUAUUGGCUGGGAAAUGAUGAUAUUCAUUUGCUGACCACCAGAGCCAAACAGGAACUACGAGUGGAUCUUCAAAAAUCCUCGGGUGAUAAAGCCUACGCCAAAUAUUCCACAUUUUCUGUGGGAAGUGAGUCUCAGAAAUACAAGCUGACUGUCGGUGGAUACAGUGGAACAGCGGGGAAUAGUCUUAAAUAUCACAAUGGGAUGAAAUUUACGACAAGAGACCAGGAUAAUGACACCUGGAAAGAUAACUGCGCUUUGACAGUUAAAGGAGGAUGGUGGUUUUAUGAUUGCUUAAAUUGUGAUCUCAAUGGACCUUAUCGGCCAUCCGCUUCAGGCACUUGGCUAUGUGUCUCCUGGUACAAAUUUGGCAAUGAAACUCGUGGUAUGAAGACGGCAUCAAUGAUGAUCAGAUCUAAAAUUUAAUUAUUUUUGA